AUGUUGUUCAUUUGUGGAGGUGUUGGUUGUUAUAAAAAGGAUUUCCCGGAAAAAGUUUUGAAAGCUUUUAAUCCAAUGUUUUGUUCGAUAGUUUGCAUUGAUCCACCUGGCUAUGGUACUAGUCGUCCUCCCAAUAGGCGACAAGAAAUAAAUCGAUGUAUGAAAGAUGCACCUUUCUGUAUUAAACUUAUGCAACAAUUAAAUCUAACACCUUUCACAGUAUUGGGAUGGAGUGAAGGUAGCCGAACAGCAAUUCACGUAGCUGCACGUGGAAAGCAACUUGUCAACAAUAUGAUAUUGCUUUCUGCAGCUACUCGUAUUGAUUCACGUGCUGCACGAGUCACUUAUG